AUCGAAAAUGAUUUCUGGUGAUUUUAUUACGAUUUUUAAUAACAUUUUAUGUAACAACAUAUGAUUUCAUUAUGAUUUAUGGUGAUUUCAUAUGAUUUUAUUAUGAUUUCUGGUGAUUUCAUUUGACUUCAGGAUUACAUCUAAUUACAAAAUGAUUUCAUAUUGAUUUUGAGGACACUCCCACAAUUACAUUAAAUGAUCACGCCCUCGGUAUUUUCCAGUGCCUCGUAAUGCACGCAACACUUAUAAAUAGCACGUAGUUUAAUGUUGCACCAGUAGAACGUUUUUUGUCGUACAUGAAGCAUCAAGGAAAAUUCGCGACGUGCGCGCUUCUCAGAGUGUUUUGCUUCCAAACAAUAUCUACUAUUCCUUCUAUAAAAUAUUCUAUAUCGCAAGGAUUUAUAAUACGUAAUCAGCAACUAUACUCUCGUUUGUAAAAUAAAAACAGUUGCUUCUCAAGAUAAUAAGAGGCGAAAAUGGAGCAGAUGUUCCAUGUGCCAGUGAAAGACAGUUCAUCGUCGGUGGAGAAUAUCUUACGUCCAAUAUCGUACAUGUCCUGGCUCCUGGGUGUCGGCAUAGCACAUCCGCAAAAGUAUCCCAAAGCUAUAACGAUAAUGAUACGUAUAAUAUAUACGAUUGUGUAUUCUUAUGGCAUGAUAUACGAUACAAUACGUUUCUUCAUUCGUCCUUUUUUCUGGAAAUAUAUUAGAAUAAUGGUGUUUAUACAUUUUCUAAACAAAACGUUGUGUUACCUAUCAGCCUUUUAUUAUAUUUAUCACGGAAUCAGACAGUAUAACAAGUGGCCUGAACUGAUGGAUAGAUUGAAAGAACUCGAUCAGAAAAUCAGAAAAGAAAUAUCCAUAAAUGAUCGGUCCAUAAAAAUAAUUGAAGCGCUAGAAGUUUUCAUGACGUUCAUUUGUUUUCCUUUGAUGCCGAUUAUUCAUAUUUCUUAUUACAGUAUCUUAACAUCAUCGUAUAAUUAUAAUAUAUGGGAUAAGACUUUUAUAAUAGAUAUAGUGUUUUACUACAUAUUAGCGCAGGCGUUAUUCAACAUCUUCGCCUUCAAUGUUGUCGUCUUUGUGUUAUAUCGCAGAUUUCAAAUAUUAAAUAAAUUGAUUGGCCAGUUGAAUAAGUUAUCCAAUGUGCAAUGGAUCGCGUUCAAGAUUAUACGCAUCAGAGAAUUACAUGCUGACAUUUGUGAUCUCGCCAGCAUGGUAAACGAUAUUUACGCUCUUCAUCUCCUCUUCUUCUCGAUGAAUUGCUUCACCAUGGCUGCCGCUGCACUAUUCAAUUUUUACAUUGCCAUCAUCCAUGGCUACCCGCGAGUACUGAUAUACUCAUUUUAUCAAAUUGUAUAUGUCAUGCAAUUUUGGCUGAUUUGUUGGAUUUGCACACUCGCGUGUCAAGAAGCCAAUAUCACCGGAAAAAUUAUACACAAAAUUGUAUUGAAUUGCAAACCUGUGAAUCUUGACACGCACGAGGCAAGUAAUCAAUCACGUAUAGAAGUGCGUCCUUCACUGGAAGAUUACAACGGCGAGCAAAAUUCUAAUUGUAGCAGAAGGCACAAUCUGUAUGUCGUGGGAAAUUUUUUGUGCAGAAAUCUGGACCGAGAGUAUGUCACAAAAGAGGUCAAUGACUUUUUGACUCAACUGCAGCAGAAUCGAGUAGCAUUUUCGGCGUGCGAUUUCUUCGAAAUAAAUAAUGCUUCGUUCGGUUGUUUGGUCGGGGUGAUCUUUACUUAUUUAAUUAUCUUCAUUCAAUUUUAUGAAGACCCAAAAAUUGAAAAUAAAAGCUAAGAAUGUAUUUGAACCGAAAAUGUGUUGAAAUCCAAAGUCAUGUUUUUUUUGCGUUAUAGUACUAAUUGUAAAUAUUUCUUCUUAUUCGAAAAAUGUCUAUACCUAUAUAUUAUAUAAUAUUGUCUUACUGUAUCCCAUGUUCUUACGUCUAGCUUGUAAAAAUAAAUUAAGAGACUAAUACUAUGUAAAAAAUGUAAGACAAAUGUUUCAUUAUCAUUUAAAUAGCAUUAUUGUAAAAGUGAGAUGGCGAUACAUGAUGUGCAGCCAUUUGAGGCUGAAUUGGGUUUGCGUUGCGGUUCGUUCCCGAUACAAUAUAACUCACUGAUAUCUAUUGAUUUAAGGAGCAAUUAAAAUUUUAUGAAAAUAUCAAUCCGCAGAAAAGAUUGUACAUAUGGAUAUACGUGUCUCGUAAUUUCAAUCUUGUAGAUGUGACACGACGCUGUUUUUUAUCUCAAUCGUAAUCACGAUGUAACAGAUAUAACUCUCUCAGAAAAAAUUUUUAAUAAUAAGAGUAAAAAUAUUGUUGCACUUAAUCUUGUUGCAACUAUACAAAUUACUUAUUAAUGCAAUAUUAAUAUGAAGUCCACAAUCUUUUUUCUUCUCUAUCAAAUAAAAUAAGAGUGAUUUAUUGUCUUGAGAGUAGAGUAAUUUAUAUAAAUUUUAUUGUAAACAUUUUUAAAUUUGAAAUAAAAAUUUCUAGGAUGUUAUAAUGUACAAUGAUUAAUCGCUACGCAGUUCGAGGCACUACCGAUAAGUAACCGUGCGGAAUAAUCGUUUUUUCGUAGGAAAGAUUCGCUUCUCGAUUCGUUAAAUAUUGAACUUGUGCCUUGAUUUCUAUCUCUGUAUUAAUAAAGUUGUAUCUCUGUAUUAAUAAAGUUUUUUUGUAAGCAACGA